AAAAUAACAGCAUGGUCAUAAAUGGUACGUGCGUAAAAGGCACAUCAACAUCCAUUCGUGCCACUGAUGCACGCUCGUGUGGUCUGAAACUCGGAACAUCCCACGAAGUGCACAUCAGGCUUGGUGAAACAUCCAGCGACAAUAAAUAAUACAGGCUAGGCUACGAUAAAUUAGAGUAGGCUUCUCGGUGGUUUGAAUUGGGAUACGGCGAACGGUUACGCAUGAGCCGCGGCAACAGUGAGAACAGUGAAAGGACCAGCGGGAUAUACUACAAGAAUACUUGGACGAAUACUUUUUGGAGAAAACGUUGACUAAAUUGUCUCCCAAACGACCAGAACAUGAAGAAAAGUCCUGCGAAUUCAGCUCUAAAGAGGUCGUUUGAGGUGGAGGAUGUGGACACCUCGGCCAACUCCUCGCCAGGCUCCCGCCGGGCGCCCAACAACACCAACCACCGCCCCGUCAUGUCCCCCACCAGCAUCUACUACCGUGAACUGGGCGCCAGCAAUAACAACAACGGCUCCAUCUCCAAGGCCAUCAUGGGAGGGGGCGGCUCCAAGCCUCCUGAACCCAUAUCCCGGGGACGCACGGAGCUCUCCAUCGACAUUUCCUCCAAGCAGGUGGAUCCAACCAGCCCUGGUUCCCUCCGAUUGGGCACGAAACGACCCGAGGUCCUAGGCCACUCCAAGACCCCCGAGAUGGGCCACAAACGGGAGGUGACCUUCGCUAAAACACCCCAGGAUGUGGUGAUUCGCGGAGGGGCCCGGACCCCCGAGCCCCCCAGCCAUGCCCGGAGGUUCGAGCCCCCCAAUCUGGGGGACGGCCCGGCCGCUAGGACCACACCAGGGAUCAGCGUCACCAAAGCACCCGAGACAACGGGGAAUGGAAAGAACAACCACGAGAACCAUGGUCAUCAUGCACCGGUCCACCACCCGCACCACCCCAACCCCCACCACAACACCAUCGUCACCACCAUCCGCUGCUCCUCGCCCAACCGCACCAAGUCCCCCAACCCUGACAGGUCAGAGGUCAAGCCGAGCCACAGCAACAUGUCCACCCCGCCACAUCCGCAACCCCCUGCCAAGGGAGCUUCACAUGGCGCUGGCGACUUCAGCUACGUGGGCAUCGAUGCCAUCCUGGAGCAGAUGAGGAGGAAGGCAAUGAAACAGGGCUUUGAGCUCAACAUCAUGAUCGUCGGUCAGAGUGGUCUGGGGAAGUCAACCCUGAUGAACACCCUGUUCAAGUCUAAGGUCAGCAGGAAGUCUGUGGUGUCCACCCCCGAGGAGAGGAUCCCCAAGACCAUCGAGAUCAAGUCCAUCAGUCACGAUAUCGAAGAGAAGGGCGUGAGGAUGAAACUAACGGUAAUCGACACUCCCGGCUUUGGGGACCACAUCAACAACGAGAACUGCUGGCAGCCAAUCAUGAAGUUCAUCAAUGACCAGUAUGAGCAGUACCUGCAGGAGGAGAUCAACAUCAACAGGAAGAAGAGGAUCCCAGACUCACGGGUUCACUGCUGCAUGUACUUCAUACCACCUACUGGACACUGUCUGAGGCCUCUGGAUGUGGAGUUUAUGAGUCGUCUGAGUAAAGUGGUCAACAUAGUCCCUGUCAUCGCUAAGGCAGACACACUCACCCUGGAGGAGAGGGACUUCUUCAAACAGACGAUCAGGGAAGCACUGCGAGCCAACGGGAUCGACGUCUACCCUCAGGAAGAGUUUGACGAGGACGCUGAUGACAGGAUGAUCAAUGAUAAGAUCAGGGAGAUGAUCCCAUUUGCUGUGGUGGGGAGCGACCAGGAGUACCAGGUCAAUGGAAAGAGGCUUCUGGGCAGAAAAACAAAGUGGGGAACCAUAGAAGUUGAGAACAUUGCGCACUGUGAGUUUGCCUACCUGCGAGACCUUCUCAUCAGGACCCACAUGCAGAACAUCAAGGACAUCACCAGUAGUAUCCACUACGAGGUGUACCGCGUCCGCAGGCUAAAUGAGACCAACGCCCAGCCCAAUGGCCAGCCACCCAACACACUGGCCAACCCGCAGCAGGCCAACGGGGUGGCAGCACAGCACCAAGUCCUGACCCAUGAGAUGUAGACGUCUGACCAUCUACAUACAUACAUACAUACAUACAUACAUACAUACAUACAUACAUACAUACAUACAUACAUACAUACAUACAUACAUACAUACAUACAUACAUACAUACAUACAUACAUGCAUACAUAUAUAUCUUUAUCUUUAAUGGCUGGCUGUGACACACCACAUGCAAACACACCACGUGACACACACACACACACACACACACACCCAUCCUAACUGGCUGAUAUGGACUGUACACACUCCAAAAUCAAGUGUAUAACUAUUUUUACAUGAUAACCUGCCAAAAGAGUUUCUGUUAGUUGGAAGUUCUAGUGUAGGUAGUUGUAGGUCAGAGCUGUUGUGUAAACAGUACAAGAUGUUUCCUAGGGAGAUGGGAUGCCACAGUAUUCUAACAUACAGAUGUGUACAGACCAGCUAUUGAAGUCUAGCAGAUCAAACUUUAGUUAAACUAGAAAGACCUGGUCAAAAUGACCUGGUCUACGUCUGGGUUGUGCUGUAUAGUGUUGUCUAGAUAUUGGAGAUAUUAGGAGGUAGGGUUUAGGUUCUUUGUAUAUUUUUGGACACAUCUGCACUGCCCCGAAAAGCAGCGAUGCAGUGUGGAGCAGCUUUGAAAUCCCUUUGUCUUUUUCCUUUGUGUUUUCAUAUGUUUAAGACCUCUUGCCAAACCAUCCUGUCUAUACCAAUAUGCCAAUGUCAUAUGUUGUUAAACGUGUCAUGUUCAUCCAUAUAGUGCAUUUUACAUUUACUGCCGUGUUAUAUUAUUGUUUAUUGUCUGGAUGGUGGGGAUGCAGGGAACAGACAUCCCUAUGCUCUCAGACCUUUCUCUAAACCAAAUAAAUGUCCUUUCUGUUUUAAAGAGAAGCAAAUAUAUAGAAUUGAUUUAUAAAUAGGUAUUUAUGCUUGUUAUGUAUUCACUUUUUAAUUGAGUUUUGAUAUUCAUAUAGCCUACUCCCAGUCGGCCUACACACUCCCGUUGUUCUCAGAGAGUAGUUGUAUCAGAGAGAAUGGAAAAUCUACAGAGAUCCUCUUUGGUUGUAUUUGCUUGCCAUCAUGCAUUGUCUCCCCUUUAUUUAUAGGGAAUUGUAUGAAUCUAGAUUUAUAUUCUGUCGUUUUGGACAUGAUACAGAUUAGGACUACAGAUAGGUUGAAUAUGUUGCCUAUAUACACAGCUUGAAAUAAUAUUUAGUUCCCCUGACAGUUUUGCAUUCCCGGUGUAGUCAAUCUAUAGCUCCCAUAUCUUCCCUACUAUUCAUCACUCAGCUAAAAACUCAUAGACAGAGGUCAAAACCAAGAGUACUAUUCAUUCAGCAAUGUAGCUCACAUAACAUAAAUGACAAAAGUUAAUACAAUGUUUAUUGUUGUAUAGUUAUUGUGUAAUUUGUUAUAGUAUGAUGAGAGUAUGGUUUAUCUUUGAUAUGCUAGGUCAAAGAAAUAAAGAUUGAUAUUUUUAUUGUU